AAUGCAAGCAGUUUUUUUCUCCAUUGCAUAUUGCUGCAUAUAUUUUGUCAGUUUACAGCGUUUCUAACGACAACGUGUAACACGGAUUGUAAUCUAAAAAGAUUUUCUUAUAUCUGCAUAGGUUGUGUUUAUGCUAUGAAUUACUAUUCUUUCUAUUUUAAUUCUGAAUCUAUAAAGCAAAUGUUGGAACAUAUACAGUUGGAUUGGAAAAUGUUUGAAAAUAGUGACGCAAUUAAAAUAUUUGAAGAAUAUCUCUUUGUAUCGUAUGUUUUCGCAGUAUUUGGGUGUACAAUUGUGUUUAUGUGUGUAUUUGUAUUUACGGUUAUUGAAUGUAGUCCCGUCAUUCUUGAUGUUAUCAUACCGAUGAAUGAAUCCCGACCACGUAAAUUUGAAAUUGAUUUGGAAAUUUUUGUCGAUAAAGAGCAAUAUUUCUUUUUGUAUAUUAUGGAAGAGGUGCUAUUAUUAGGGAUUGGCUUGUGUACGGUAAUUACGACUGGGACGUUCUUGGCUACGCUAGGAAAACACUGUUGUGCAACAUAUAGAAUUGCAAGUUGUUUAAUAGAAAAUACGGUGACCAUCCAUACGUUGGCAAUUCCUGUUGACCGAAAAAUACAAUUCAUGCAUCGGAGCAUUUGUAUUUCAGUUUACAUUCAUAGAAGAACGAUGGAGUUCGUCAAACGCAUGUUACUUGCAUUUGAUUUGUGGUAUUUUCCGUUAUUGUUAAUUGGUGUACUCUCUUUAAGUUGCCUUCUCUUUCGCCUAUACCUUGCUAUAAUAAAGGCCAAUGAUUGGUAUGAUAUCUUGGUGUGCUGUGUGGUUUUGUAUGCUUGUUUACUAUAUAUGUUUGUGGCAAAUUUUCUUGGACAAUCUUAUACUGAACAUAGUGUAGAACUACUAGAAUCUACGUAUAAUAGUCUUUGGUAUGUAGCACCAUUACCGAUCCAAAAAUUAUUCUUAAUUAUGCAAACAGCUAUAAAGGGCCAUAAGAUAGUGGUGGGUGGUCUUUUUACUUUGUCCAUAGAAGGAUUUUCUACGGUAAAUGUUAAGAUUAGGAGCGACUUCAUCGAUUUAGGCCGAUUUGCCAAGAGUGUGAAUCAUGCUGUUCUGCUCACACCAAUAACUAUAGGGUGUGCAAGAAAGCAUGAUUAAAGCUCGUGGUUCACGUCCUGUGGGAACUCGGCCUUAUUUUGUUAAUAACUUCUUAGUAAACAAGAAACGACGGCAGGAACUGUUCGCAAAUUAGUCAGAUGUUCUUGACAAUAUGUAUCAAGAUCAUUGAAAUCGCCAAAAA